GGAGAGGAGUCACGGCAAAAAAAAGUGCGCCAACAAGCGUCAGAUACUUAUUAACACGGCUGCUGUUUUAUUUAAAGUUCAUACUGCGAAUGUUUUGUGACCUUAAUUCUAUCCUACGUGACUUCCCUCGAGUCCGUGAACGCCUCCUCGCCAUCCAGCGUGCAUAAUUAACCUGAUGAGGAGCCAAGGAUGAGCUCAGCCUCUCGGGGUGAUUCACAUCAUGUCUCGGCCCCGAACAUCAUGUGUUUGUGAGGCAGCCCUGAGACACUAAAGUCUGCAUACAGUGCCACACUGCUGCUGCUGUGUGAUACGAUCAAGUGGGAGGACCAGCUUCCUCUGUUUUGCCUUAAAAAAAAAAAAUGACGAGACAUCUUCCUGGAGCUGCUGCAGCAGGGGUGGAUUUGGCGUCCAGUCUCCUGCAUUGCACAAUCUUUCCCCUGUGCUCGGACUGAUAACUAAGACAAAAGAAGGAAGACGCUGGAAGACGAGGAGAGAAGAGGAGAGAGGGACGCUUUACAGAGGAGGAAAGGACGCGAAAGAGCCAUACUGGGGUGAAAGGGGGUGUGGAAGAUUAUAGAUUUUGAAAAAAAGAAAAAAAAAAGAGGGGGAGAAGUUGAAUGGCAGAGGAGGUAUGAGGAGAGAAGGGGAGGCAGGGGGUAGACAUAGGAAGCAGAAGAUACAGCGGGUUGCACUGCAGUAGAAUGAGGGUGAGAGUGAAAGAGAGAGCCAAGAAGCAUUCGAGCUGCCAGCGUUUCGCACGCCACUCAGGUCCCGUCGCUUUCUGAAGAGGCAACAAGAGGAAUCCACCGUGGAGGCGAGAAGGAGAAGGAGGAGGGGGGCGGAGGAGGAGGAAGCCAGAGGUUCUACACACAAGAUGGCUGCUGUGUCCUCUGCCUCUGACACUGGGGACCCCAGGGGCCGACACCCCCCUGAGCGCAGACUGCUGAUCCUCGGGGGCCCACGGUCCGGUAAGACCUCCACCGCCAACACCAUCCUGGGGGAGGAGGUCUUUGACUCUGGGGCAGAGACUACCCACAGCAACGUGGGCCAGACAGAGAUCUUCGGCCGGCGGGUCACUGUGGUCGACACGCCACCAUGGGCCAUCCCCAGUGACCCGGAGGACCAACCCGAAGCUGACAACAACAACGACAAUGCCGGCGCCGAGUCGGACACGCCACCGCAGCCCCCUCCGAGCCUGGACAGCGAGGGGCCGUGCAUGGGUGCCAUUCUCUGCCCUCCUGGACCCCACGCCAUCCUGCUGGUGGUGUCCAUCACACAGCCCUUCACUGAGAUCCAGAGGAGAGCAGCAGAGGAGCAGCUGGGGGCCCUGGGUGGAGGGACCUGGAGGUACUCUAUGGUGGUGUUUACCGGAGUGGACAAGCUGACUAAAGGUGUGUUCAUUGAGGAGCACAUAGCGAACACUGGAGACGCCCUGCAGUGGCUGGUGGAGAGAUGUGGAAGCAGGUACCACGCCUUUGAUAACACUCGGAAAGACACCGAAGACAACACCCAAGUACCUGAGCUGAUGGAAAAGGUGGAGGAACUGAUCACAGACAACCAAGGCUGGUACUUUGAGGUGAAUGAGUUGAUUUUACUGGAGGAAGAGCAGGCCAGGAGAGCUCUGGAGGAGGAGAGGAUGAGGAUGGAGGAGCACGCCAGGCAGAGGGAGCAGAUGAUCGGAGGGCCUCCCAGAGAGUUGCGACUGCUCUUGUUGGGCUGGAAGGGCGUUGGUAAGAGCUCGGUGGGGAACGCCAUCCUGGGUCGUAGGUACUUUGAGUCUGGCCAGGAGACAGAGCUGUGCCUCAGGAGGCAGGCGCUUGUAUCUGGUCGCCGGAUCACCAUCGUUGACACCCCUGGGUGGGAUUGGUUCUCGGUGAGGCGAACCCCAAAGCGCAUCCGCCAAGAGUCCCAGCGUGGAGCUGCCCUCCUGCGACCCGGACCCCACACCCUCCUGCUGGUCCUCCCCGUCGUCUCGUCGCUCACCGCCAGGAAGAGGCGAACGCUCCUCGCUCACAUAGAGACUCUGUUUGGUGACAGUGCAUGCCUACACACCAUGGUACUGUUCAGCUGUGGUGACUGGCUGGGCCGCACGCCCAUCGAGGAGCACAUUCUUAGAGGUGGGCGGGAGCUGCAAAGACUACUCGAAUACUGUGGGAACUAUUACCAUGUCUUGGACAGUAAGACCCCUGGAAAGGACAGGAGUGUUUCAGUCCUGCUUGAUAAGAUAGAGGAGAUGAUCAGAGAGAACGGAGACAAGGCUUUCCUCCCCAUACAGACAGAGUGGCUGAGCGAGGAGAGCUCCUACUCCUCCGACAACACUGAGCCUGAGGAUGACUGUCGAGGCUGCCAGCUACAGUGACACAAUUGCAUUAGAGGGGAAGUGUUCCGGCUCCUUAACCUCAUUGUGAGUCUCCAACAGGCCCAAACAUCGCCGUGUGUAACUCAAACCUCAUCUAGAUGUCGCUCUCCGACUCUCAAGAGUUUUAGGGAAUUCAAGCUCUUUGUUAGAAAAGACCGAACUCACUGACCACUGAGCAAAGCUCGACCUGGACUUGGAGUGCGAUGAGCAAGCACGAAUAAAUGUUCAAGAACACUCUCCUCAGACCCAGGAGGAGGAAAAAUAUUCCGCUUCUGCUUCAAGGGACCAGAGCUCCGUCCCUGUUCAUGAGCAUGUACACGAAUAUCAACUGCUGCUAAAGAGACCCUGUUCAACACUGCAGAGUAAAGAAUUACUCAUCUUUGUAACUAUCUUCAGAUCGCACUUACACCAGUUGAAAGCAUAAAAUCGAAACCAAAAGGCAUAUACUUAAAUAUUAUCAUGGCCAGUCAGAUUUGGUGGCAGGACUCAUGUUUGCGAUAAGUUAGUAACUCCUCGUUAUUGGAAGACCAAGAGCAAUGUCUGACUAGUAUGACUUGUAACGUGACUUUCGACUGGACUUAUAAUAUUGCCAUUCACAUCUCUGCAUCAAGUGCCAUUUCUGUCAUUCAGUUCAAAUUAAUGGUUCGAAGGAAAUGGUUCAGUGAGUACCAAACUGACACAUGGACAGACAACAAGAUGACAUUUUUGUGGCAUCAUAGAAGUACACCAUCAGAUAUGAAACAUCCGACAGCCGCCUUGUCUUUAACAUUUGGUUAGCUUCUGCUCAGGGAGUCAGGGUUGAAAUGCUUCCUCCAGGGCAAAAUCUGGUACACUUACAGAAGCGCUGAUCAAUGCUGAUCGCUAAACUGCAGACGCAAGACACAUAUUAACUCAAAUCUAUGAGCAUUUGCUUUAGUUCGCUGGAAGUCAAAGGGAGACAGCGCUGCACUGUGGUUGUAGUUGGAUACUUUGGUUCUGUUGUGCAAAAAAAAUAAUAAAAUUGCUUUGGGACUGGGAGUAGGGGUGGGUGAUCAGACGAUACUAGAUUGUGAUCGUUCGAAGGCGUCCACAAUCUACCUUCUGUCCCGUCAGACGAAUCAGAGAGAUUGUGGUAUUUAAUGUCCUCUUCUGUUUCAAAACUUUACACAACCUUUCUGACUAGUGAAUCCAUGCUACUUGAACAAACCAAUGCCUUGGGUGACGCAAUGUACAUGAUGCAACAUCAGGUAAAGCUAGCAACAUGAAAGAUGAGGGGCUUUAUCGUGGAUUAUGAUCUCGAUCAGAUACAUCAUGAUACGAUUUUUUUGGCCAGAUCGCCCACCCCUAGCUGAAAGCAAGAGUCCAUGUUUGUACUUUGGUUGGUGUUGUUUCCAUUGCUUGAGGAAAAUAGAUCAGCUCCAUCCAAAGCAGUGAUCAGAGUCAUCCGUAGCACGCCUCUGCUGUAGCAUUCACACACACGACGAGGGAAGCAGAGAGGAAUGGCUGUACAGAAACUGUGUGCAGUCUCAGAUCCCAGCGGAGCUACUAGGGCUGGCUCUGCUUCACUGUUUGCGUUCAUGCAAUUAUCGACAAGGUAGACUCAGCUAUGUGCCUCAGCAUCAAAGCGUGAGAGUGGGGGCACAGCCCUGCGGCAGGGCAGUAUCCUAUAGGCUACAUCCAGCUUUUGCAUGCUACAGAAACAACAUAACCUCAUGAACCAUACGAGCUCACAUAGGGCUUUUACUACCUUUUUCUACAUCAGUGACACAUCUGUUCCUGACCUCAAUAGUGAUGUUUUGAAAAGAAAAAAAAAUACAUAUAUAUAUUCAGCUCUCAGAGGCAUGUUAAGACACCGCAUGCAGAUAAACGAGUGCCUAUAGAGUUGAAGGCAACCUCACGUCUCAUUCCUCUGACUCUUGCUCGAGUCUAUGGGAGUUUUCUGGUAUGACAUCACAUCCUACUUUUACAACUGCAAAAAAAAAGAGAGAAUUCACGCUCUGAAAGGUAUAAAUAAAAGCAUUGAUAAUGUGACCGAUACCACUGCCAUGCUGUAAAAUGUUAUUUUAUACAGAAGACAUAGCCUCUAAAAGAAAAUCCCAGACACUGCUUCCCCGACGCUUUACCGACUCUGUGCUCCAUCUAGUGAUGUAGGCCACCGCAGCACCUUGUGUGACGAGCAUGACGUUACAAUUUGAUAUGAGGAUGUUUCAAACAUUCAUUUGGAGUCUUAGAGUCCCACCUCACCUGUGAAUAUAUUGUAUAAGCCGUGUAUAUUUAUUACAGUGUAAAUGAUGUUACAUUGUACGCUUUUAGCGAAGCAUUUUGCACUGUGUCAGUUCUACCACUUUACCGUAGCCAAAGUGACGUUACUUUCCUGUGUCGUCCUUACCUAAAUGGUGAUUGCAUCAUCAGUACUUUGCUCAUCAUCAGACAAAAAUAAAAGAUAUGGAUAUAUUGUUGUGUA